AUGGAGAAUGCAGGUUGGCUCAAGAAUGAUAGUAUGGAUAGUAAUGAGAAAAUCACUGAUAAUGCAGCAUAUUUCGACAUCUCUAUACCAUUAAGUCUUCUACUUGGCUUCGCUGAAGAUUAUCAGGCGAUUGUUGUGAAUGCAAAACAUGAACUCAUUAUUACGAGAUCGAAAACAGACAUCAGUGCAGUACUUCAGAGAGCUGUCAAUCAACAAAACCCAGAGGAGAAAUGGAAAAUUAACCUUCAAAAGAUUGAGUGGUUGAUCCCCUAUGUUAAAGUGUCGGACGAGCGCAAGGUGAAGCUGCUCAAUUUCAUGGCAAAAGACACACCCAUUACAAUGGGCUUUCGUACAUGGGAAUUGUAUGAGUAUCCUCUUCUCCCAGCAACCUCGAAGCAUGUUUGGGUUGUGAAGACAUCAUCUCAAUUGGAGAAACCAAGAUACGUUAUUCUUGGAUUCCAAACGAGUCGUAAAAACAUUCAGACAGCCAAUGCGAGCCACUUCGAUCAUUGUAGUAUCAGAGAUGUGAAGCUUUUCCUCAACUCAGAGAGCUAUCCAUAG